AUGGUAGUAAGACAUUUAGAUGUCAAAAAGGACCAAUUUCGGCAUUGUGAAAAAAAUGAAAAACUUCUUGGUUCCGAAGUAUCAUAUCUUAGUGCUAUUGGUGCACUAAUGUAUCUUGCUAAUAAUACGAGACCUGAUAUAUCUUUUGCUAUAAACUUAUUAGCAAGAUAUAGUUCUUGCUCAACAAGAAGACAUUGGAAUGGAAUUAAACACAUUCUUCGAUAUCUUCGAGGUACAAUGGAUAUGGGCUUAUAUUAUUCAAAUUCAUCAAAUGCGGAGUUAAUUGGUUAUGCAGAUGCUGGAUAUUUGUCUGAUCCACACAAAGCUCGAUCCCAAACAGGUUAUUCAUUCACUUGUGGAGGUAUCACAAUUUCUUGGCGUUCUGUUAAACAAACUUUGGUUGCUUCUUCUUCUAACCAUGCAGAGAUUAUAGCAAUUCAUGAGACAAGCCGUGAAUGUAUUUGGUUAAGAAAUUUAAGUCAUCACAUUCGUGAAAAUUGUUGUCUAACUUCUAACAGGGACGUUCCAACCAUACUAUAUGAAGAUAAUGCGGCUUGUAAAGCCUAA